CACAACUGCGACAGGACGAACGGCAAAUGCACCAAUACACCGGCAGGAUCAUUCACAUGUUCUUGUAAAAGUGGGUUCACUGGAAACGGGAGAACAUGCUCUGAUAUCAACGAGUGCACUGCGAAUACACACAACUGCGACAGGACGAACGGCAUAUGUACCAAUACACCGGCAGGAUCAUUCACAUGUUCUUGUAAAAGUGGUUUCACUGGAAACGGGAGAACAUGCACUGAUAUCAACGAAUGCACUCUGAAUACACACAACUGCGACAGGACGAACGGCAUAUGCACCAAUACACCGGCAGGAUCAUUCACAUGUUCUUGUAAAAGUGGUUUCACUGGAAACGGGAGAACAUGCACUGAUAUCAACGAAUGCACUAAGGAUACACACAACUGCGACAGGACGAACGGCAUAUGCACCAAUACACCGGCAGGAUCAUUCACAUGUUCUUGUAAAAGUGGUUUCACUGGAAACGGAAGAACAUGUACUGAUAUCAACGAAUGCACUGCGAAUACACACAACUGCGACAAGACGAACGGCAUAUGCACCAAUACACCGGCAGGAUCAUUCACAUGUUCUUGUAAAAGUGGUUUCACUGGAAAUGGGAGAACAUGCACUGAUAUCAACGAAUGCGCUCUGAAUACACACAACUGCGACAAGACGAACGGCAUAUGCACCAAUACACCGGCAGGAUCAUUCACAUGUUCUUGUAAAAGUGGUUUCACUGGAAACGGGAGAACAUGCACUGAUAUCAACGAAUGCACUCUGAAUACACACAACUGCGACAGGACGAACGGCAUAUGCACCAAUACACCGGCAGGAUCAUUCACAUGUUCUUGUAAAAGUGGUUUCACUGGAAAUGGGAGAACAUGCACUGAUAUCAACGAAUGCACUGCGAAUACACACAACUGCGACAAGACGAACGGCAUAUGCACCAAUACACCGGCAGGAUCAUUCACAUGUUCUUGUAAAAGUGGUUUCACUGGAAACGGAAGAACAUGCACUGAUAUCAACGAAUGCGCUCUGAAUACACACAACUGCGACAAGACGAACGGCAUAUGCACCAAUACACCGGCAGGAUCAUUCACAUGUUCUUGUAAAAGUGGUUUCACUGGAAACGGGAGAACAUGCACUGAUAUCAACGAAUGCACUCUGAAUACACACAACUGCGACAGGACGAACGGCAUAUGCACCAAUACACCGGCAGGAUCAUUCACAUGUUCUUGUAAAAGUGGUUUCACUGGAAACGGGAGAACAUGCACUGAUAUCAACGAAUGCACUGCGAAUACACACAACUGCGACAGGACGAACGGCAUAUGCACCAAUACACCGGAAGGAUCAUUCACAUGUUCUUGUAAAAGUGGUUUCACUGGAAAUGGGAGAACAUGCACUGAUGUCAACGAAUGCACUGCGAAUACACACAACUGCGACAGGACGAACGGCAAAUGUACCAAUACACCGGCAGGAUCAUUCACAUGUUCUUGUAAAAGUGGUUUCACUGGAAACGGGAGAACAUGCACAGCACCAAAGACAACACCAAAACCACCUCAAGCAUGCACUUAUACCUAUGAGAAUGCAGAUUGUGAAGGACACAAUAUAAAACCGGGGAUGGAGCGGAACAUGGAUCAGUGCCUAGACGCCUGUACCAAAAGGUCCGACUGCAAGUCAGUCCAGCAUCGCAAAGUUAAUAACGUAGAUACUUGCUGGUUGAAAAACCAUGUUUGUACUCCGACUCAACUUACACAUAAAAAGAAAAAUGGAUUUGCUCAGUACACAAAGAAAUCGUGCGACGUUGAGAAUGAUGUUAUUAGUUGUGCCUCUGACACCAAGUUGGAACCAAACAGUCAGACAUGCAUUCCAAGAUGUCCCGAUGUUCAGACCAAAUGGAGCGGCACGAUAUGUGAACCUCGAUGUGUUAAUCCAGACACACAAUGGUCCACGACCAAAGCAGAAUGCAUUCUCCGUUGCCCAGAAGAAAAGACCAAGUGGAACCAAGAGAAGAAGACAUGUGUUGACCGUUGUGCUAGUCACAAGCAAUGGAUUGUGUCGUCCAAGAAGUGUAAAGAUCGUUGUUCUGCUGAAAACCAAUGGGUCGAUGCCAAGAAGGAAUGCGUUGCAAGAUGUCCAGCUGAGAAGAAAUGGGAGACGAACAAGUGUGUUGACCGAUGCACAGACGCAGCCAAGCAGUGGUCUGUAGUCGAGACGAAAUGUGUUACACGAUGCCCUGAUGUCAACACAAAGUGGGACAAAACACAGGGCAAAUGCAUCGAUCGUUGUGAAAAACACCGGGAGUGGGAUAACGAGGCAAAGAAAUGUACAGACCGUUGUGCUGAUUCUGACAAAUGGAAUGACGCAACGAAAAAGUGUGCAGCAAGGUGUCCAGCAGCUGAUAAAGAAUGGAAGGGGAAUAAGUGUGUCGACCGUUGCACUGACCAAGCAACAAAAUGGUCCAGUGAGAAGAAGGAAUGCGUUCCACGUUGUACUGAUGCCAAGACGACGUGGGACCAAAAACAAACCAAAUGCGUGGACCGUUGUGGAAGUGCUGAACGAUGGGACGACGAAACAAAGCAUUGCGUUAGCCGUUGUGAUAGUGCAGCAGAUAAGUGGGAUGAAGCAACAAAACAAUGUGUACCAAGAUGUCCAGCCAGCCAGGAGUGGAAAACAGAUACGUGCGUUGACCGAUGUGGAACGAACGAAAAAUGGCAUGAACCAUCAAAGAAAUGUUACCGAAAAGGCCCCUAUCCAAAGACGACGGGAGGAAAUGCUGAAGGAGCUCGUUGUGCCAUACCAUUCUUGUAUGGUGGAUACUGGCAGGAGGACUGCGUCCAGGGAGACGCGAAGAAAUGGUGUGGUACUAAAGAGACUUACACUGCGGAGGAAGGGCUAAAGUGGGGUUAUUGUGCAGUUACAUGUCGAACGAAGGCAGGUCUGAACAAGAAUCCUGGUGAAGCUUGGACAGAGGGCACUGAAAAGCUCUUCUGUAAGACUGAUGGAGAACUUGGCAAGAUCCCAUCAGAGCAAACCACGAAAAGUGGUAAGAAAUGCGUGUUUCCCUUCAAGUACGAGGGCAAGUACUAUGGCGAAUGUACAGGCAGCAACCCAUGGUGCGCGACCGUGGCAGUUUUGGAUGCAACUAGUAGUAAUGACUGGGGACGUUGUCUACCUACAUGUGAGACACAAGAUCAUAAGCAAGUGAAUGCAGGCGCAACAUGGUUCAAUGAAGGAAUUGAAUAUUGUUGUGGAUUGGAUAAAAAGGCUAGGAAAAACGUAAAGUCACACACUGGAAACUGUCUCUUCCCGUUCACUUACGCGGACACCAAGUACGAGACGUGUAUUGAGGCUGACUCUCCCGGUAAACCGUGGUGUUACAUCGACGAGGCUCAGACUGCGUUUGGAUAUUGCUAGACUGUGCUUCGCCAAAUACCACUGAAUCUAUGUAGACAUUUGUGAAACUUCUGUCAUGUCUAGCUCUAAUAAAAGACAUUCUCAUGAAA